AUGCUAAACCAUAUUAUGUGCAUACAUAAUCAGUUUGACAAGAGACAAAUAUAAACACUGUCUGUGUAUUUGAGAAGCACAUCUUCCCUCACUCCUUUGCCCUUAUUUUUUUUUCCUGGGACUCUAAUCUUACAUAGUUUAAAUUGGUUUUUAUAAUUUAAAUUGGUUUUCUAAACCAGAAAUUAAUGAAACAACCCUGAGUGAAACUAAAGCCAGCACACCAUUAUUGCGCAGACUACGCAGUUCAUUCCAUUCCAGAUAAGUCUAUUAAUACAGCUUCCUAUUUAUAUAUACUGGCUCCUUGCAGCAAUGUAGCGGAGGGUUACAGCUGCCUAGCUGAGACAAAAUAAAUGGCCUGUUAGUCGUCAUUUGGGAGAAAGUGAUCACUUGAAGUGGAGUGAGAGAAGAGACAGUGACAGGAAUGCAUAAGGAGCACUCAGCACGCAGACCUCAGCAAAGCAGCCCGAUUGAUGGAUCAUAACUGCAGUGUACAAGAAAGGCAGGUCAAUAAUCUUACUGCGGAAGCAAGUCUCUCUUAAAAACCUACCAGAAAUGUAUGCUCUGCGGCAUAUGUAGCCAGCCAGCCAAGAGACUAGUGGAGGAAUAUGGAACUUACUCAUGCAACAGCUCCUGCUUAGUCAUCCAGCAUCAGGUUGGUUGUUGUUGGUGGCACUUCAAAAUCAGGAAGACCACAUCCAACCACAAAAGGAACACGAGGUGGUUCUGAACCAAUGAUGGAGAGCUCAGGAGGGACACACCUUAAUAUGGGUGCAGUGACCUCAAAGGUGGGAAUUGUUCGGUUGUUGCAGGCAGCAUUUGGAUGUACAACGUUCAGCCUUGUGGCCCACCGAGGAGGAUUCACCAUGGCCUAUGGCACCUUCUGCAUGUCUGUCUGGUGUUUCUGCUUUGCUGUCACAAUCUUCAUCAUCAUCUGUGAGUUCACCCGCCUUCACAGUUGUCUGACUAUCUCCUGGGGGAAUUUCACAGCUGCUUUUGCCAUGUUGGCCACUCUCAUGUCCAUUACAGCUGCAGUGAUCUACCCACUGUAUGUCCCAUUCAGCUGCCAUUCCAAUGGAUGUGAGGUGAGAGACUUCCGCAUAUCUGCCAGUGUCUUUGCGGGGCUUCUGUUUUUUGCAUAUGCCACAGAGGUAUUUCUCACUAGGGCCAAACCAGGACAAGUAACCAGCUACAUGGCCACAGUAUCUGGCCUCCUGAAAAUUGUCCAGGCUUUUGUAGCUUGCAUUAUCUUUGGAGCUCUGGUGAAUGGCAGCCAGUACAAUAAGUAUGUGGCUACUCAGUGGUGUGUGGCCGUUUACAGCUUCUGUUUUGUUGUGACUGUAGUGGUGGUGGUGCUCAGCGUCACAGGAAGAACAGCGAUGGUGAAGUGCCCCUUUGAGCGCUUUGUGGUCAUUUACACAUUUGGAGCUGUCCUGAUGUAUGUAAGUGCUGCAGUGAUCUGGCCAGUGUUCUGCUUUGACCCUAAGUAUGGCACUCCACAUCGUCCAUAUCAAUGCUCCAGAGGCUCCUGCCCCUGGGACAGCCAAGUGGUCAUUGCAGUGUUCACAUAUGUAAACCUAGUGCUUUAUAUUGUGGAUUUAGCAUACUCGCAGCGUAUCCGCUUUGUCUCACACCCUUAAUACCCAGCCCUGAUGCCACAAAAAUCAUAAUGGAUUACGAUGUCAUUGACGGAAAAUGUUGACAAUAAAUAAUGCUCGAAAAAAGAAUAGUUGUGAACAGGCCAGUCCAUGGGGGGUGGGGGGUGGGAGGACUUGAGAUGGUUUGGUAAGGAAAAAAGAAAAGAAGAAAAGACUUUUUCUAGCCCACAACUGCAAUACAUAUAGGUGUACUACGACAAUAGCUGCAUAGGCAAACAAGUUCUCUGAAGCCUAGGAUUGGUGUGGAAAUAGGUUUUGGAUCCUUAAUGUGUAUCUAAGAAUUGGUAGUUUAGAGUUGCAGCAGAUAUAGAAAAGCAUCCCAGCUAGGAAGAACAUAUAUGAAAAAUAACUGGGUUUUUAUUAAAGUUGAUUUGCAAACUUGAUAGAUUCUGCCAGAAGCUUCUUCCACCUUCAGUCUCAUUCAGGGAGAAAGAUGGGAUAAUAAAUAAAUAAAUAAUUUCUGAAGAAAGGGGAAAAUAUUAUAAGAAUAAUGGAAAUAUGGAGAUUGAGAACCUCCUCCAGACCAUGAGAAUAGUAACAAUUUCUUUAUGCAUGUACAGUCUGAGAAGUGAAAUAAAUACAGUGGGCCCUUGGUAUCAGCUGAGUUUGGUUCCAGGAUUCCCCCCCCCCCCCCCCAGUUGAUACCAAAAUCCAUGGAUGCGCAAGUCCCAUUAUAUACAAUGGCACAGUAAAAUGGUAUCCCUUAUAUAAAAUUCUGAAAUCCUUUUGGAAUUUUUUCAAGUCGUGGAUGGUUGAAUUCAUGGAUGUAGAAUCUGUGGAUAUGAAGAGCUGACUGUACCACCAAGCUUGUAACUAAGAAUGGUGUAGGAAAGGUUGCCUUAGCCUGUGGAACAACUACAGCAGGCCAUUGAUAUCUGCUAGGGUUUGGUUACAGGACCAGCCCAAGAUACUAAAAUCCAUGCGUGUUCAAGUCCCAUUAAAUACAGUGGGUAGUAAAAUGGUGUCCCUUCUAUAAAAUGGCAAAAUCAAGGUUUGCUUUUUGGAAUUUAUAUAUUUUCUGAAUAUUUUCAAGCUGUGGAUUCUUUAAUCUGUGGAUAAGGUGGGCAGACUGUAUUUCCAGGUUGGUUUCCUCAGUGGUCCUUCAAGUGUCUGGGAUGCCUCACUGACUGUAGAAACUUGACUACAUGCAAGACAUUCGCCUUUUGAACCAAAGCCAAACUUCUGAACCAAAGCCACACUUUUGAACCAAAGCCACAUUUUUGAACCAAAGUGUAUUAAUUUAGACAAAUUGCUGUGGUUGUUGUGUUUUCAAGAAUUAGGCAAUAGACAUCAUUUAGUUCUUUAAGAACUUUGGCAUCAUGUAAGUUGCACAUUAUUUCAUAAUUCAGAACAUGGCUUGGGUUGUCUUGGUCUUCUGUAAUGCAAAGAAGACAUGUGUAACUUUUUAAUAAAUCUAGCCAAGUGCCUCUUGGCAGACCUGACUCCAGAAUAUAUUGAUUCUGGGUUCCCAGAAGAGAAGAAAGCUGCCUAAUUCAUUGUGUUGUUAAAAAGAAAAAGAAAAAAGAAAAAAAAAGGGGGGGGGGAGCUUGUUGGUUUCUUACACUAUGGACCAUGAUUUUCACCUUUUUAUCUCAAGCCAUGUAUAAGCAAAAGCAUGUUGUUGAUUCAGAAAUGUUAUAUUAAAUGUUUGCAUAGUGAAUAGAAAGGUUUGAUUCCAAUUCUAAAUAAA